AUGUUUCGAGCCACUUCACGCCUCUUGAAAUGUCGAAUUACGCUAUUCACCAGAGAGAAUUGCUCUCUGUGUGAUACAGCAAAAUCCGUGGUUGCAACUGUGGGAAAAACAACUCCAUUCAAAUACCAGGAGGUCAAUGUGAUGGAACCCGGGCAGGAGAAAUGGAGAGCCGUUUAUGAGUUUGAUACGCCAGUGAUCCAUGUCGAGAAAGCCAGCUCGGGAGAAACAACAUCAUCAGCUCGUAAGCUGAUGCACCGAUUCAAGGAAGAGGAGGUCUCGAGACUCAUUGAGGAGGUGGAACGUUCAUAA